AUGCCACUUUACGACGAUCCAGCAGCUGCAGCACAAUAUGCACAAUACGCUACUGAUUCAGCUCUUGGUAUGAUUUCCCAACUAUGGUGGGACACCCAAACUAAUGGCGUAGAAACUGCAGCUGAAGACACAACGGAACCAACUUCUCAGAAAUCAGAAUUAGAACGCUAUUGGGAAAUCGUCAAGGCUAAUCCAGAUGACUUUGUAUCAUGGGAAUAUUUAAUUAGGAUUGCCGAAAGUGCAGAUGAUGGUUUAACACCAAAAUCGCCGGCAGAGAAUAUAACUAAUAUGCGUGAAGUAUUUGAUCAAUUCUUGGCCAAAUUUCCUUUAUGUUUUGGCUAUUGGAAGAAAUAUGCAGAUUUUGAAUUCACCAUACAGGGUCCAACUGAGGCUGAAAAGAUUUAUGAACGUGGUGUCGCUGCUAUAGCAAAUUCAGUUGACCUUUGGACACAAUAUUGUGCAUUUAGAAUCGAGCAUUAUCCUGAUGAUUUAGAGGCUAUAAGAGGUUUAUUCGAACGUGGUGCUGCUUACGUAGGACUUGAUUUCCUUUCCCAUUUAUUUUGGGAUAAAUAUAUUGAAUUUGAGAAAUCAAUGCAAGAUUAUGUUCGCGUUAUGAAAAUACUAGAUAGGAUCAUUCGUAUUCCUAUUCACCAGUAUACUAGAUUUUUUGAAGAUUUUAAUAAUUUGCUCAGCACACGACCAAUCACUGAAUUAUUGUCCCCUGAACAAUAUAAAGAAUAUGAAGAAGAAGUAAAGGCAGCUCCUCUACCCCCAACUGAAGAAACAGAAGGCGAGCAACAAUCACCACCUACAGAAAAGACAGAAGAUCAAAUUCAAAAUGAUAUUCGAACACGUGUUUAUAAUCUUUGUGUGGAUAAUUAUACCAGAACACAUAUUGAAGUUAACAAACGUUGGGUAUUUGAACAAGAGAUUAAAAGACCUUACUUUCAUGUAAAGGAAAUGGAUGUUCCUCAGUUAACUAAUUGGAGAAGGUACCUUGACUUUGAAGAAAGUGAGGGUGAUGAUACCAGAAUUCAAGUGUUAUAUGAACGAUGUUUAGUUGCUUGCGCAUUAUAUGAAGAGUUUUGGCAAAGGUAUGCACGUUGGAUGAUUACCAAAAAUAGAUACAGUGAUGCACGUAGUAUAUAUAUUCGAGCCACUUCUGUCUUUAUACCCAUUAGUCGCCCGAGUAUUCGUUUGUCAUAUGCUUGUCUUGAAGAACAACAAGGCAAUAUUGAGGAAGUUAGAGACUUAUAUAAAUCGAUAAUGGAGUCAUCACCUGGACAUGUCGAAACGAUAAUGAAAUAUACGCACUUUGAACGUCGUCGAAACCCCGAUGAUUUACCUAAAGCCAUAAAUAUUCUAACAUCAGCUCUUGAAAGUGACACGUUAGACGAAAAAUCAAAGCCUUAUAUCAUAGUACAAUAUGCAAAAAUGAUAUGGCAUCACAAAAAAUCAGUGGAAGAUGCACGCCAAAUCUUCCAGCAAGACGCGACGAAAUGUUUAGAUAGCAAAUAUUUUUGGUGGAAUUGGUUCAAAUUUGAGUUAUCUCAAAACGAUUCCGAGGUUGAAACGCGUGUGAAAAAUGUGAUCGAUAUGAUUCGCAAUACUACUACCUUGACAUCCGAAACGAUACGAGAUAUUCAAAAUAGUUAUAUCGAUUUUCUUAUGGAACGUGGUUCUACAAUUUCCUUGUAUAAUAAAAUUGAUGCAGAGACACAUGGUCCUAUUACUAUUCGGGCUAUAGCUGACUCAAAAAAACGCAGUGCGGAAGAAGCAGAAGAUAAACCCUCUAAGCAGUUGCGUAUUGAUGGAAUUGUUGAUCCUACGGCGACAGGUGCAGUAUCACCAGUAGUAACUCCUGCUGCAUCAUAUGCAGCACAACCACCUUACUACCCACAAGGUCAAUGGAGUGCGCAAGGAUAUGCAGGUUACCCUGCCGUAAGCGCCGCGUCCUCCGCUAAUGCUCAGCAGGCAAAUUACCAAUAUCCAUAUCAAUAUUCCCAAUCGACCGCUAGUACUACCGCUACGUUAGAAUAUUAA